AAUUCCUUUGCUGUCCGAAAUGUCGCGCCGUUCAGGGCCUCUGUGGGUUUCGGUUUUGGUCGCUGUGGGUUUUGCUCUAGGCGCUGUGAACUUCUGCAGUCCGUGGCACCCCCGGCCCCGCCGCUUGGGGUGCCAGCGGGGCGCCAUUGUAUCACAGACUGUGAGCGAAGACACUGAUCUGCUGCCAAAGUCGCACAUCAGUGGUGCUCUGCAACGUGUCCUGGGGCGAGAUGUCUUUAAGAGUGAGACCCCAUUCUUCUACAGGACCACGGGAACCAAGAGUUUCUACUAUGGUCUCUUGAGGAUACCGGCGCUGCCGAAGAAAAACCCGGAUGGAUCCAACUACAUUCCAGCAAGACCGUUUCACUAUUGCUCAGGUCGCGGCCGGACUCUGGAAGAUGCUGAACAAGACGCAGCACGGAAAGCCCUGGCGGUGAUUCGCCGGGCGGAUUCGGAAGUGGCUCGGUGGCUGUCAUGGUCUGCGAGUACCUCCAAACAGGCUCUGGAGGUUUUGGCCGCAGAGCUAGCAGAUGCUCGCGAAACUGAUGGUAAAGCCAGGAUGCGCCUCAACCGAGCUCUGGCUGUGUUGCAUGGAAGGACCAUCAAAGCUCAUGAGAUUCGGUAUUUUACGAAGGAUGAUCCAGACUCGUGCCAUGUGGUUCUGCGACUGCCCUGGAAGCAAAACCGGACCUACUACUUUGAAGGCAGUGGUUUGACCAGCCUUGAUGCAAAGGAGAGUGCUGCGGAAGCUGCUCUCAGGAUUUUGCGGCCCAUGACAUCGAAAAUAGAAGCAGAACUACCUUGGCGAGGGAAGCAAAGUGAACGCAAUGUGACACAAACACCUCAAGAAGCAGCGCUAAACAAGAAGGUGCCAGCCAAGAUCAGGCUUUACCAAUUACUGGACUUGGCGAUGAGAAGGACUGGAAGGGUGCUUCACCAAAACGACUUAGUUUACAGCUGCCGUCCAGUGGUUGAUAAGGAUGAAGCUGAGAACGAAGACGUGAAAGUUUGGCAAUCUGCCACAACGGAAGUGAUGUUGAGAGUCCCACCUCUGCAGCCAGAUGGGGAUGACCUGACAUUCUCCAAACGAGUCCCUGCUUGGCGAAAGCCACCACCACCUGAUUCAGAGCAUUUUCGAAAUCCGCAGAAGAAGAAGCAGUUCUACGACCUGAGGGCAGAGUCACGGCGGAGCUUUUUGGAGGCACAACAAGCCGUGGCAGAUGUUGCUGUUGAAGAGCUGCUGGAGUUACUGCCGAGCGACUUCUUUGAGGCUGCGGCAGAAUCAAGUGAGAAGGUGAUGCUUCAAUCGUAGGUUGAGGUUUGAGACACAGGGCAAGGCCCCGAAACAUAGGAGAAACAAACCUUGAGCGUCCUCAACUUAAGGUGCAGCUGAAUCA